GUGCGUGUGUGUGUGCGUACGUGCGUCUGUAUGAUCCUUAAGUGUUGCAAGACGUUCAAGUUUUCAAGUGUUGAAAAAUUUAGUUAGAUCGCCAAGCAUUUAUUUGCCAUCCCACUUGCACUCAGGCGUCUCCGGCAAGCGUGAAUGUCAAAUUGUGUUCAACUAACUUGUCGCUUGCUUCGUGUAUUCAUUCUCCCAAGCAAAACAUUAAGUCAAACCAAAACGGAUGACAACAAAAAAAUCCCAAAUAUACUUGUGUAUAGAUAGAUAUAUAUGUAUAUCUUAUAAGAAUAGAGCGUAUAUAUAACCAAACGACGCGAGACUGUUGGAGGACGUUGUGUUUUUGCGUUGCCGCUUUGCAGUUUAUUUAAAAGCGCAAGUGUACUUAAUUGAAUACCCAUAACGAAAUGGAGUCUGCGAAAAGCUUGUUGUUGGAGAAGUACCAUGGAUUAUGUAAUUACCUGGAGCGCGACACCGUGGGCAGUGAACUGGCGAUCUACGGCACCUCAACGCUAAUGUUGCUGGUUGCGUAUAUGAAGCGUAAGCCCGCUUAUCUCGUGCGUCAGUUCAAGCAGCCGUCGCAUAUUCCCGAGCGGAUUAUCAAUGAACGCAUCAUGCACACCGGCACCAUACGUGGAGUGCAGCAACGGGAUCAGGACACGCUGCUGUUGAUCAAGCACCGACCGCUCAUACCGAUCUUUACCAGUCGCGAUCGCUUGCUGCCCGUCAAGCUGCCAGGAGUGCGCGUCAAUGCCAACGGCUAUUCGUGGCUGCAGCAGUGUCUGGUUGGACGUGAGGCAACAUUUUUACCACUAAACAAGAGUGCCAAGUCGCAGGAUUAUGUUGUGUGCCAGCUGUGCCUGGUGCAUCCUCCAAAGGGCAAUAACCAGCUGUUGGAUGUGUCCGAGACGUUGUUGAAACUACGUUUCGCAAAAUACGCUCAGGAUGUGGCGGCCGCAGUCAAGCGGAAUAACAAAUACUAUCAGCAUCUACGUCAGGUGGAGCAAACCACAGCCAGCAAAGAGGCGUGGCUGGCGUUUAUAUCGCGUUAUCCGUACCUCUGGCAGCGUUUUAAUGAACUGAAGGCAUCACUGCUGCCCAAGCAGAAACUGUUGCCGGAGUUGGUGCGCUGAUCUCACUGAUCAAACACGUCUCCCUCCCAUCAUUAGUCAUUAAGUGAAGACAACGUUGAACGUACAUUAAAUAUUUGUUAAUUUAAUUAUAAGACGACUUCCCGCGUAGUGUCGCACAAAUCCAACUUGAUCCCAAUCGAAUCUGAGAACGUGACAUUCUCACGAUUUUCACAGGAGUGCAAAACGACGCAACGAACACAUGAAUUUGGUAUAAACAAUUGUUGCUAUUGUUAUUUUGCUGUAUGACAUAAAAGCUCGCGUAUAUGUGUGAGUCCGUGUGUGUGUAUGUGUGUGACGUGCGUACGUGAGCGAGUGCAUUUUA